AUGUCUGAGCAAUUCGAACCUGCCGAGCCCAUUGCCAAGGGCAUACUGCCGACUGCCAAACAAUCGUUCAGAGACCUCUUCCGUUGGAAACAGCGAGUCGAAAUCACCAACGAGUACGGCGAAUCGACAUUUGUCUGGCAAUCACCUCCACCCCUCAAGAACCCGAUCAGCUUGUUCGCUGAACUGAGUGCUAAAGAAUGGGUUUUCUUCCUUGUUGGUCUCGCUGCCUGGAUGGCCGAUGCAUUCGAUUUUCAUGCUUUGUCCAUUCAGACAACAAAACUUGCAGCGUAUUAUGAGAGAUCGAAGACGGACAUCACAACUGCCAUUACACUAACUCUGUUGCUGAGAAGUGUUGGCGCGGCAGUCUUUGGAUUGCUUGCCGAUAGAUUUGGUCGGAAAUGGCCAAUGGUUGCCAACAUGAUCAUUCUUGGUUUGCUUCAGAUUGCCACGAUCUACUCAACCACUUUUGGCGCAUUCCUUGCUGUUCGAUCCCUCUUUGGCCUGUUCAUGGGCGGUGUCUAUGGUUCAGCUAUCGCAAUGGCCCUCGAGAAUUGCCCAAUCCAAGCUCGUGGCCUUAUGUCUGGCAUUCUUCAACAAGGCUACUCACUUGGCUACGUGAUUGCAGCAUGCUGUAACCUAGGUGUCGGUGGUAGCACUAACUCGUGGAAGACUGUCUUUUGGAUUGGUGCCGGGCUCUCGAUCGGUGUCGGUUUCAUCAGAGCAGCUUUCCCGGAAUCGAAGCAGUUUAUCGAAGCUAGACGCCACAAGAAAGAGCAUCCAGAGCUACACAAGAAUGCUGGUGCAGGUGCUUUCUGGGGUGAGUGCAAAAAGAUGAUCGUCAAAGAGUGGCGUAUGUGCAUUUACUGCAUUAUUCUGAUGACCUGGUUCAAUUACUACUCACACACUUCCCAAGAUUCUUACACUACCUUCGUCCUUGUCGAAAAAGAGCUCAACAACGCUCAAGCUAGCCGUGCCUCCAUUCUCAUGAAGACAGGUGCUUGUGUCGGCGGCACAAUCAUCGGCUAUCUUUCGCAAUGGGUUGGUCGACGACGAGCCAUCAUUGGUUCAGCACUCAUGUCUGCAAUCUUGAUCCCAGCAUGGAUUCUCCCAACCACCGAACGCAGUCUGAGUGUGACUGGCUUCUUUAUGCAAUUCUUCGUACAGGGAGCAUGGGGUGUCAUUCCAAUCCACCUCAACGAGCUGUCUCCUCCUGCCUUCCGAUCGUCCUUCCCAGGUGUCACCUACCAAAUAGGCAACAUGAUCUCUUCACCUUCUGCCCAGAUUGUCAACGCCAUCGCAGAGAGCACAUUGGUCACAAACGUUGCUGGUGAUAGAGUUGAGGCAUAUGGCGCAACCAUGGGUGUUGCGACCGCUAUUAUUGCAAUCGGCAUUAUUGUCACAACCCUGCCUGGUCCUGAGAAGAGAGGUGCUAGAUUCGAGCUUGCCAAGGUCGCUGGUGAGGGUGGUAGUGAUGACAAUCUUGCACGAAAGGUGGCUGACAUUGAACGUGGCGAUAGUAUUGCUGAGAAGGGUCAUGAAGCACAGCUUGAGUCUGUCCCUGCGAAGAGUGAGAAGCUGUGA